GCAAGUUAAUAACACAAUAAUAACAGUGCCGAGGAGGUGUUGGAACUCAGUUUGUGUCCGCUUCGUGUUUGGGUUCGUUCGGUCGCAUGUGGGCAGUCUGAUCGGGACCCUGUCCUCCCCGAGCGGCGUGGCGCUUUGGGAGUCGGGGAGCAGGAGCAGGGAAAGAGGGUUCCGGCGGGGAUCGACCCGAACCCAAGGCCUCCGGUCUCGUCGAGAGAAAGGCUCGGAUGGAGUCCCAGGAUGCACCGGACGGCCCCGGAGCGCAGCGAGGCUUCAUAUGUGCCUCUUUCAACCAGGACACCACUUCUCUGUCAGUGGGGACUAAUACAGGCUAUCGGCUCUUCUCCGUCACUGCUGUGGAUACACUGGACUGUAUCCACGAGGGAGUGGAAUGUCCAGAUGUCUUCAUAGUGGAGCGCCUGUUCUCCAGCAGUCUGGUGGUGGUGGUCAGUCUAUCCAUGCCACAGCGAAUGAACGUUUACCAUUUCAAGAAGGGUACAGAGAUAUGCAACUACAGCUACUCCAACAACAUCCUCUCCGUCAGACUCAACAGACAGCGGCUUGUCGUGUGCCUGGAGGAGUCAAUCUACAUCCACAAUAUCAAAGACAUGAAACUACUCAAGACUCUUCUCAACACGCCCACCAACCCAUCAGGCCUCUGCGCUCUCUCCGUCAAUCACGGUAACUCCUACUUGGCUUAUCCUGGCAACGCAACAAUUGGCGAGAUCACAGUCUAUGAUGCCAACAAUCUGAGCACUGUGACGCUGAUGCAAGCCCAUGACAGUCCUCUGGCAGCCCUCAGCUUCAGUGCCAGUGGCUCCAAACUGGCCAGUGCUUCAGAGAAAGGUACCGUUAUCAGAGUCUUCAGCAUUCCUGAAGGACAGAAACUGUUUGAAUUCCGCAGAGGCAUGAAGAGAUAUGUUAGCAUCAGUUCAUUGUCCUUCAGUGCAGACACCCAGUUCUUGUGUGCCUCCAGCAACACUGAGACCGUCCAUAUCUUUAAACUGGAGCAACACAGUCCCAGUCAAGAAGAAGAGUCCCCUACGUGGUCUGCAUACGUCGGGAAAAUGUUCACGGCAGCCAGUACCUAUUUGCCCACCCAGGUGUCCGACAUGAUGCAUCAGGACAGAGCCUUCGCCACUGUCCGCCUCAACAUGUUUGGCUUGAAGAAUAUCUGCGCUCUGGCUACGAUUCAGAAGCUUCCUCGCCUGCUGGUAGCAUCCUCAGAUGGGUAUCUUUACAUCUAUAACGUGGACCCACAGGAUGGGGGCGAGUGUGUCCUGGUCCAAAAACACAGGUUGUUUGACACCAGCGAGGAGCAGGUGGAACAGAAAGAAGAAGAGAAUCCAGACGAUGCCUCACUCCAACCUCCCAGCCAAUCAUACGCUGCCACUGUGGCGCUCCCUUUUACCCCGCCCUCCUCCGCCACGCUCAUAGGAUACUCUGAAGAUGGUGGCGCUCAGAAGGGCGAGGUCAUCCCAGAGCAUGAAUUUGCUGAGGGCCCUGUCUGUCUAGACGACGAGAAUGAGUUUCCCCCAGUCGGCAACUAGUGUAACUGACCAAAUGCCUUCCUGAAUCCUCCCACCUUGCACAACACCCAGAUUUGUUACACGUUUCAAGCAUGGAGGAUGUUAAAAUAUAUGUUCCAGAUGUCUUGAGACUUUGUGGCACUCUUACCCUACUCAGUGUAUCUUUACUGGCCUCAGGUCCAAUCUUACCAGAAUGUUUAGUUGCAUCCUUAUGUUUCUGUACUCUGCAGCCCUUUCAUGUUUUUAGUGAAUAAAUGCACAAACACAUACUCUUGACUAAAGAAUACUUAGAUCAUUUGAGGGUUGAGCAAUAUUUCUGGAAUAUGCACAUGGUCUUCAGAAAAAA